GCUUGGGCACAAGCGUAUUGUGUUUUGUUUACAAACAAAACACAGUAGACUUCCAAGAUGGCUGAAGAGUGGUUUUAGCAAGUUGGCCCACCUUAGGAUAUACUUCUACGCGCCUUGGUACAUGCUACAGAAACAAAUAAUUGUCAAAACUGAAAUACACGUGAAAUUAUAUUCUACUGUUUUGGUUUGGUUUGUUUUGGACCACGAAGUUAACCGCCGGUUGGACAAAUUACAUAGGAAGGUAUUAAAGAUGCCAGUCGACCUGAAACGAAUCAACGGCCCGGAGGGAUCGGUGCCAUAUCAGAUUUUCAGCAAAAACCGCGAUAAAACAUUCGAAGAACGUCUCGCGGAAGUAUUCAAUUCAUCCGGCAGAAGGAAAUGUGAUCGAAAGAAGAGUGAAAGCAGAAAGUAUUUUAUGAAACUGGGCGUUGUCUCAACCGCCAAAGGAUCAGCCUAUCUCGAGCUCGGAAACACCAAAGUGAUAGUAUCGGUGUUCGACCCGCGUGAGAUUCCUAAACAGAACAAGUUCAGCGAACUUGGGGUGCUGUACUGUGAUUUCAAAUUCUCUCCGUUCGCUUGCACUCAUCGCAAAAAUCCACAAACGGAUGCGGAAGAGCGUUCGCUAGCUGCGGCACUGACCAAGGCCCUGCAACCAGUGGUAUGCCGGCAUCUGUUUCCCAACUUUCAGAUCGAUAUUUUUGCCAACGUUUUGGAGGAUGAUGGUUCCGUGCUUGGUGCGGUUAUUACAGCGGCUGGUCUAGCAUUGAGUGAUGCCACUAUUUCCAUGUUUGACAUCGUAACCGCUUCAACGGUGGCAGUGUUUGGCGACAACAUUUACCUAGAUCCAACGCUAGACGAGCAAAAGAUUUGUUUGGAAGGUGGCAAAAAUGGCAAUCACGGUAUCAUUACCAUGGCCAAACUUCACACGUUGGAUCAAAUAUCGGAAAUGCGACAGAUAGGCAACAUUACGCAGGAAACGCUAAUGAAUGCGUGCAAGCGGCUCAAUGAAGCGAACAACGAUGUUGCUCCCGUUGUUCAACAAAUGCUGAUAGGAAAAGUACAGAGACAUUUGAGUGAAAUCGAUUUGGAUGACGAUGACGAGAAAGAUGGGGCUACUGAAGAUUUAAAUAAAAGUGUCAUUUCGGUUGAUUCGCAGUCAUGAGAA